AUGGAACAACAAAACGUAUCAGAAGCCCCUGAUGAUGAUAAUAAUGAUGAUAUUAACAACAACGGAGGAGGCAAAGAUUCGUCUUCAGAUGAGCGUGAACGAAAAGUUAUGAUNGAUAAUGACACUGAAGUUUAUAAAGAUAGUAAAGGAUUAUCUCCAGGGCUUGUGUGGAAUCCAGAGAUACUGGCUUGGGGAAGAGGUGGUACAAGGAGUAACACAAGGCAUGGGAAUAAUAUAUCAGGAGGCAGUAGUAAGAUUGCGAGGAAUGCUCGCGUGAACAAACUUGUUGAAUAUCUACGUAGCAGCAUAGAUGGAUCCAGUGUUGAGGUGGAUAUCCAUCUCAAGCUUGUCUCGCUGGAUACAAACUGUAUACCAGACUUACCGCAGCCAUAUCUCUGUUGCAAGCCCGCGUUGCUUGUAAAACAGCUCCGUGAAUUCGUAGCACUUCAGAUGAAUUUGAAGAGUGAAGAGGUUGAAUUGUUAGUAACAAGAAGAGGAGCAGGAGAAGAUGCGACAAUAGAGAAUCUCCCUGUAGUGACUUCAGCUUCAGCACCAUCAUCCAAAGAUGAGAUGCAAAGUCUCGAAGACAAUGAAGCAUUGUCAAGGCUCAAAGUCGAUUUCAUUUCCAGCCAUGAACAACAUUUGAUCAUAGCUUACCAGAAGAAGCAAACCGAGUGAAGAAACUUGGGAGCCUAAGGACGUGCUGCGAAGUGCGAACAAUGUAUUAUAUACAAACAGAUGGAUCAGGGCAUGUUUGUCCGUUUGCUAGAUUAUAUAUCUCAGUUGCUUUUUAGUUUUAGGAAGUUUUUCAUUUGUGACAGACUUAGUAUUUAUAAGGCAAACCUUUUGUUUUACUACAUAUAUAUGGGAAAAUGUCAUGAAAACCCACUUUGGGUGUGAGUUCUGUCACAAAAACCCAUUUUCCACUCAUGGUAUACUUUCCCAAGUUUUUUGUUUAUGUGUCCACUUUUCUUUUACA